AUGGCAGAAAUGGCUAGAUUUUCUGAUUUGCCAAGUGAGGUUGUGGCGAAAAUCAUGUUGUUGAUACCUGCAGAUUGUUUAGUAGAGUUUAAAUUGAUGAACAAGUUUUGGUAUUCUUGUAUUUCAACGUUCAUCGACAAUCCAAUAUUUGUGGCCAAACACCUUCUCAUGACCAAAAACCAGUCUUCUAUGUCCUUACUUUGUUUCAAAGUGCCUUCCCCCGGUGUCGAUAAUCGCUUAAUCGAAUACUCAUUGCUCACUAUAAUCCAUGAUGAUGAUGAUGAUGAUGAUGGUAAGAAGGAUCAUUUUAUAACUGUCACAGAAGAUCUAACUUUACCACGUUUGGAUAUGAAUCGAUGGGAUAGCAUGUUUCACUGUGAUGGACUCCUUUUGCUAGCAAAUUAUGGUCUCAAGACUAUGGUGUUAUGUAAUCCUACUUUGAAAGAAUUCAUGAUUCUCCCAAAACCAAAGAAUGCUAGCAUUGAAUCUAUUCCCAUUAUAGAUUUUGGACAUGAUUCUAGAAACAACAAAUACAAAUGUGUUGCUAUUUGGCUCGAUCAUAAUAAAUGUUGUGUUCAGGUUUACACAGUGGGUUCUGAUUCUUGGAAAGAGAUCAACAUAUCUCAAGUCAUAAUGCAGUAUAUUUGAGGUAAACAAGUAUCUGAUGAUGUAUGUUGUGGAGGUGUUUGUUACUGGUGUAUUGCCCAAGAUGAAACUGAAAUGAUCCUCAGUUUUGAUAUGAGUAAUGAGAAAUUUCGUAUAAUAGAAUUGCCAGAUUUUGAUGCUUUGGGUGAUGGAGACUGGGACCCCGAAGAUUAUUCGCUUCGCCUUGCAGUGUGGAAUGAUUCGGUUGUGAUGUGUUUCACCCCUAUUGGUCAGAGUAUUCUUUCUAUCUUCAUCUUGAAGAAAGACGUAACAGGUGAUUAUUUUUGGACUGGGGAGAUUGGACCGCUAGAAAAGCAUUCCGGACAUUUUCUACCAUUCUGGAAGAAUGAUGAGAUUUUAAUGGAAGUCUUUGACAAUGAUGGAAAACAACAUUUGGUUUCUUGCAACAUUCGUACUGAAGAGUUAAGAAGUGUUGAUUAUGAUCUAGUUAAAAAUGGAAGAUUUUAUGAUACAGUUCCGAUAUAUGAAAAGAGUCUGAUUUCUAUUAGGAGAUGAAGAAGUUCAUUUCCAAACACAUCUCUGGUUUGGUUAGACUUGUAGAAAUCAAGUUGAUUUUCUGAACCAAGUUGUUUCUUGUUUAAUUCAUUGUACUUUGGAAUAUUAGACUGUUUGGAAACUUAAAAGUAGCACAAUGGAAAAUGAGAAUUGAAAUAA